UCUGCUGAAUUAUUCAGCAUCAGUCUGGUGCUGUAGUGGCUCGGCUGCUGAGCAGCAGGAGGAGUAGGAGGAGGAAGAGGACGAGGACGAGGACGAUGCAGACGGAUAGAAUAGAAACAGGAGAGAGGAGGUGAUGAGGAGAGAUCUGGAGCUGCAGGGAGAGUCGUGAGUCAGCGGGACAGGGGGGAGAAAAAAGAGAACACAUAGAGGGUGUACGGUGAUACGACAGGAGGGGGAGAGAGAAGGAGAGAGAGAGCAGCUGCUGCGACUGAUUCCAGCGUUGUUCAUGCGCACAUUGAUUUGAGCAGAGACGUGAGGAUGAUGAAGAUGAAGAUGAUGAUGUGAAGGUGUUCACCACAGUGUUCCAGCUGAAUAACAGAGGGAACAAGGCAGCGGUAAGGAGAAGGAGAGGGUUAGUAAAGGGAGGAGGUGUUGUGUUCGAGGAUGGGGGAGAACUAUAUGUACCAGCGCCUCCCCUUCACCAGAGGAGAGGAAGAGGAGGAUGAAGAGGAGAGAGACAGGAGGAUGAUCAGGGAGAGUGUCGGCAGACAAAUGAUGCAGUGUGAGGAGGGGACGGAGUGGCUGCUGGAGCUGCUCACCGACGUCCAGCUGCAGCAGUACUUCUUGAGGAUCAGGGAUGAGCUCAACGUCACUCGACUCUCACACUUUGACUACGUCAAGAAUGAAGACUUGGAGAAGAUUGGCAUGGGUCGCCCAGGUCAGAGGAGGCUGUGGGAGGCCGUGAAGAGGAGGAGAGCUCUUUACAAACGCAAGUCCUGGAUGAGCAAGGUGUUUCCGGUGAAACGCACCGACGCCGACCCUCAACAGACCCCUCACCAGGGGGCAGCGUCCAGCCAGACCCCGGGCAGCAGUGAGUCGGCCGCGUCACUCACCUGUCUGAUCAGAGAGUCGGAGCUUCAGCUGUUCGAGCGGCUGGGAGACGGCACCUUCGGAGUGGUGCGGCGUGGAGAAUGGACUGGUCCAAACGGCGGAGUGUUGUCUGUCGCGGUGAAGUGUCUGAAAGCAGGAGUGUUGGACUCUGACGGACUGGACGAUUUCAUCCGAGAGGUCAACGCCAUGCACUCGCUGAAUCAUCAGAACCUCAUAAGGCUGCACGGUGUUGUCCUCACGCAGCCCAUGAAGAUGGUGGCAGAGUUGGCUCCUUUGGGCUCCCUGUUGGACCGCCUCAGAAAGCGUCAGGGCCACAUCCUCAUCUCCUCUCUUUGCAACUAUGCUGUACAGGUGGCGUGUGGCAUGGCCUACCUGGAGCAGAAGCGUUUCCUCCACAGAGACCUGGCAGCCCGUAAUGUCCUACUGUCCACCAACGACACAGUAAAAAUAGGAGACUUUGGCCUGAUGAGGGCGCUGCCGACACACACUGACCAGUACAUAAUGGAGGAGGGUCAUAAAAUCCCCUUCCCCUGGUGUGCUCCAGAGUCUUUAAAGUCUCGUACCUUUUCUCACGCGUCCGACACCUGGAUGUUCGGAGUCACGCUGUGGGAGAUGUUCACUCACGGGCAGGAGCCGUGGCUGGGCCUGAAUGGAAGCCAGAUCCUCCACAAAGUGGAUGUUGAAGCCGAGAGGCUGAGCAAACCAGACGACUGUCCUCAGGACAUCUACAACGUCAUGCUGCAGUGCUGGAGCCCCAAACCUGAGGACAGACCCACCUUUGUGGCCCUCAGGGACUUCCUGCUGGAGACGAUGCCCACAGACAUGAGGGCCCUGCAGGACUUUGAGGAAGAAGAUAAGCUGCAGAUCAAAAUGAACGACGUCAUCACCAUCAUUGAAGGAAGGGCGGAGCAUUAUUGGUGGCGAGGUCAGAACAGACGGACUCUUGGCUUGGGUCAGUUCCCUCGUCAGGUAGUGACGGCCGUGGCCGGUCUGUCGGCUCAGGACAUCAGUCGACCUCUCAAACACUCCUUCAUCCACACUGGACACGGAGACACCGACCCUCACAGGAGCUGGGGAUUCGCUGACCGUAUAGACAGUCUGUAUUUAGGAAACCCCAUGGAUCCUCCUGAUGUCAUGGGGAUGGAACCUGGAACAGCCAGACCCACUAAACUCCCGAACCGUACUAAAAAACAACCUCCUCCUCGGCCUCCUCAGCCGGCUCUCCUCCUAAAGAAGCCGUUCUACGACUCUGUGAUGGACGACUACGACGAGGACGAGGAUGCCAGCGCCGCCUCUGGCCUGAAGAGACUCGGAGUUUCUCUGGGUCUGAAGCUCCGUCCCUGGGAGGGUCCCGGUGUGCGUUCCGCCAAAAGUGAGGUGUCACUCAUCGACUUCACGGACGACAGCUUCAGCUCCACCACGCCUUCGCCGCUCACGGAGUCGCAGCAGCAGCCAGACGAGGACACACUGAAGGACACGCCCUCAAUCCUGGACUGGCCCCUCCCUCAGCCUGCAUAUGACGAGGUCACCGCAGACCUGGAGGACCAAUCGGAGGACCAGGAGGUGAAGACUAUCAACAUAGGACUGGGGGAUGAGACCACGCCCACAUCUAGUUCUUCUACAGCGAGCAGGAACGAGUCCCAGUCGGCCGAUCUCUUCCAGGAACUUCAGAGAGAGGUGAUGGUGAAGCUGCAGGUUCCCAUGUCCACCGGUCGCUCCCUGCCCUCCUCAAAGGUGUCCAUGUCUCUGGCUCCUCUGGCUCCUCACCGUCAGAUCUACCUGCCUCCUCCUUCUCCUUCCUCCACUCCUUCCUCCUCCUUUGGCUCCUGCUUCGAGGACCGGCCCGUGCUGCCUCCCCGCAGCCCAGUCCCUCCGCUGCGUCCGUCCAAACACACCCCCUCCAGUCGCUCCUCUCACCCACAGGUGCGCUCCAGCUCCAUAUCGCUCGGGGACGAGGAGGAGGUCACUCCUCCACAGAUCCCGCCCAGGGAUCAUGCGUUUUCUCAGCCUGGGUCUCGCUCCUCCUCUCCCCUCUCUCUGGUGCCUCCUCCCUCCUCUUCACCGGUGCUUCUCCCUCCUCCUCCUCUCUCUGUGUCCCCACGUCGCACGUCAGGACUGGUCAGCCCCCUCUUCUCCUCCUCGUCUCCACCCAAAACGACAUCCAGCUCUUCACGGGUCUCGGUUCCCGGCUCCUCCCUCCUGGAUCCGUUCUCCUUCCGUGAGAGUCGUGGAGGGACGUCGUUGAUUGACAGCUCUCAGAGUUCUGCUCCCGUCCCUCUGCCAGAGCGACCAGCGUUUUUGGAGAGAUACGGAGCAGCCAACAUGGCCGCCAUCAAACCGAUGAUGAAGCAGCAGCCGCCAGGUGGCGCCAAACCCAACUCCUCCUAUAACAACAACAACAGUCGAACUACCGCAGCAGUAGUUCCCAGCAUGCAACAGGAGCAGAGCGUUACACAGGUGCAGAGAGCAGUUCACGGAGUCACACUGGAGGAGUGUCAGUCUGCUCUGCACACACACAACUGGAGAGUCACACAGGCCAUAAAGCACCUGAAGGUGGAGCAGUUGUUCCGUUUGGGCCUCAGGUCCAGAUCAGAGUGUGAGGGGCUCCUGCAGGACUGUCAGUGGAACCUGGAGCAGGCCAGCACCGUCAUCAUGGACACGUACGGAGCUCCUGCACAGAGGAAGUGAUAAAAAUGACAGGAGGAAAGUGAGACGUCGACCCUGAACACUGAACUGCUCUGAUGACUCAUGGUUUGAAGGACACUCUGACACAGAGGAGGUAUUUUUACUGAGUUCAGAACAUGAGGCGGCGGUUUGUGCUCAUGUCAUUAUGUUACUGUGAAAAAACCUGGUGUGUGGUGCUCCACACACACACACACACACACACAGGUGAAGACACACAGUGUUUACUUGAACUUGUUCCUUUUUGUGUUUUUAAUUUAUAUUUGUUUGUGUGUUUGUGCUGACUGUUCUGUAUGACUGUCACUUACUCCA